AUGGCCGCCAAUAUGCAGCAAAUGGCUGCCGCUGGCCAUAUAAUGUCCCAGCAACAGAUGCAGCAGCACCAUCGCACCAACUCCAACCAAUACGGUCAGACCAUCGUUGCUCGACUCAAAAGCACCCAGGUCCCCUCGGCAGACUGGCACGUCGACGUCUCCCUGAAUGAUCGCGUUGGAAAGACUCUGGAACUCUUUUCCAAUGUCACACUUGGCUCCUACAUAGAUCCAGGACGCGCGUUGGAGAUGUCCGUAGUCUUUGAAAUUAACGCCUUCUCAAGUUGUGCAUCCAAGGAACAAUACUUCGGCGUAAUAAAGGGCAAGAUUAUGGAUUUCUUCAAGAAGCGCCAAGAAAACAGCAGCAACCUGCAAAAUGGCCUCAAUGCCAGCGCCCAAGCCCAAGCCCAAGCGACCCUCAACAUGCAGCAGCAGAUGAAUCGAGGUUUUGGUCCCCAGCAGGGCUUCCCUGGCAUGAACCAAGGCAUGCAGGGCCAGCAAAUGCCCAAUCAACAACAGAUGCUCCAGUUGCAGCAGCAACAGCAGCAGCAGAUGGCUGCCAGCAUGGGCAUGGCUACUCAGGCGGGCCGGGGUAUGCCCGGCCCAGCUCAACAAUUUACCAUGGGCCCUGGUGCACUUGGCCAGCGCCCACCAGGCAUCACCAACGAACUCGCCCGCCUACCCCCCGCUGAUCGCGAAAAGGUCAACCAGCUUGCCGGAAAACUCUUUAAUCAGGCGUCAGAAAACACCAAGAACCAGUUCCGCAACCAGGUCCGCAAUAAAAUGACUCCCCAGCAGAAUGCCGAUAUUAUUGCCCACGGCCGCGACCCUUCUAUGCUAGUCUUCCAAAGCCAAGCCUUUCAGGCCCUCUCAAAGCAAGCCGCCCUUAGCAGAGCCCAGCAGGCUGCCGUCGCCGCCAACAUGAUGCCUCAGCCGGCCGCCAUGAUGCAGCAGCAGAAUAGUCAACAGCGCGCCAACAUGAUGCCCAAUGGCCAGCCCGCCGGUCACGACUUCUCCCAGUUCGCCCCCAGCAUGGAGAGCAUCAAGGACCAGCAAAUGAGCGGCCUCAUUGCUCAACAAGCCGGUCAGAUGGUCGUUCCUGCUAGCGGUACCACUAGAAAUGCCACGCCCCAACCGGGGAAUCCAGCCAUGGUCAACCAGGGCCAGAACCAGACACCUCGCCAAGGUCAUCAGCCAGGUCAGCAGCAGAUGAAGUUGAAUCAGGCCUCACAGCAGGCGCAGGCUGUCCAGAUGAAGCAGAUGCACAGCCAGCAGGGUGGCGGCAUGGACCAAAAUCAAAGUCCUGCCAUGAAUCCUGCCAUGAAUCCUGUCAUGAAUCCUGCCAUGAAUCCUGCCGCGAACCGUGGGCCCAAUGGUGUGAAUCCCAUGGGACCCCAAGGUGCUCGGCAUGGGAACAUGCCUUUUGGCAGCCUGCCGCUCAGUCAGCGGUUUCCGCAGAAUUCGGGUUUGCAAACCAUGGUAAUGACCAUGGCUGGCACUCUGACCCCGGAGCAGCAACAUCAUCUGAACCAGAUGUCAGAUGAUAAGAUCUUCGACAUGGUACGAAGGUGGGCCGGCCAACAACAUCAACAGCGACAGCGUGCCACUCAAAUGAGUGCCACUCAAAUGACUGCAGCUCACUUGCAACAGCAAGGUCAAAUGAACCAGAACCUAGCUGGCACAGCUCUCCAAGGAGGCAUGCAGCCGCAGCAGCAGCCCAACACCGCCGGCCCGAACGGCGGCCCUGCCCAAGUGCCAGGGGCCACCCACGGCGCAAAUCCUCAAAUGCAAACCGUUAUGGACAACAUGGACGUUCCGCCGCAGGUCCGUCAAACGAUCCUCGUCAACUUACCACCUGAAGUCAAGAAAUGGCGCGACCUCAAGAUGUGGGUUAAUUCGACCAACAAUAUUGCGCCACAAGCCAAGGCUGCCCUUACUCAUUUGCAAAAGUCGCAAUUUCAACAUUGGUGGACGAAUCGUAGCCAAUUAGCCCAACAGCAACAACAGCAACGACUACAGCAGCAACAGCAACAGCAACAGCAGCAGCAACAGCAGCAGGGCAGCAACAGGCAGCAGCAGCAGCAGCAGCAAGGCCAGCUGAUGGCCGGUGGAAUGAACAUGGGCAACAUGGCCCCUACUAUGAUGAACAUUCCUCCACACCUCAUGCAUGCUACACCGCAGGAGAUGGCACAGAUCCGGGCCAGUCGACCUCAGCUGGUAAACGCACCUGACGACCAGGUCCGCAUGCUGAUUAUAGGAAUCAAGCGCCAGCAGUGGCAGAAUCAAGCCAACCGCAUGCGAGCACAGAACGCGGCUAGCCAGGGACUUGGACCCCAGAAUCCCAUGGCCGGGGCGACGGGCCAGCAGGCGGGCCAACGGCUGAGCCAACCUCCCCAGCAACAGGAGCCAAAUCGCCAGCAGCCUCAACCAGCUCAGCAGCAAGGAGGCACGAUGCCAAGCGGUGCUCAGAUUCAAGUUGCAGCCAGCAAGCAGCAAGCAAUGCCCCAACAGCCUGCCAAGAACCUCAAGCGACCAAGCACUGACGAUGCCAAUGGGGACAACACCGUUGAAUCCAGCAACACCGCCGCGACUACCGCCACAAUGAACCCUGCCAGUGCCAGACCUAACAACGCCGGCGGCCCCAAGAGGGUCCCACCGCAGCUAUCAGCACAGCAGAUUGCCAGCAUGACGCCGGAGCAAAAGGCCAAGUACGAGGCCUUCGUGAGGCAUCAGAUGGCUAACAAAGAUGGUGCAUCUACCGCUACUAUGCAACCAAUGGGCGAGUCAAUCAAUCGACUCAAGGCCAUUGGUCAGGAAGCAGCGCGCCAACUAAUGCAGGAAGCCACGGUAGACAUUCCCAUGAGUGCUCAGGAGCUUGAGGAGACGGGUAAAAAGUUGAAAAAGAUCGUCGUUGAUAUGGGCAAGGUCGGACGCGGCCUAAGUAAGUGGUUCGCUAUUACCGGAGAUGAGGGACGUGCGAGCAUGUUUUUCAAAUUUCGCCAACGUCUUCUCAAACAGUUUGUGGAUGGUGACGCCAUGACGAUGUUACGCGACUCAUUCAGCAUGCGAUCUUCAGACGUGGAGCAGGCGAGAGCGAUGCUGGAAAGCAUGGUCCGCGACCUGCAGGCCGCCAGCAUGGGUGGAUUCCUGAGGGCACAGAACAGUCAGCCACAAGCCGGCCAAACGGCUCAGCAGGCACUCCAGGGCAGCAACGACCAGUCGGUGGCGGCAGUCGCGCCUCUCAACGCAAGGAACCUGGAAAAGAACUCGCAGGCGCUCAAUCGACAGAAAAACAAGGCGGCGAAUCAGCCUCCUCCCGCCCCAACAGUGGCACAAGCACCCGGAUUUCCGACAAAUGCAUCAUCGCCACACGGCAAUCCCAGCUAUAUGAACAAGGCCAGGGACAUGAAUCUCCAGAUACCACCACGCAAGAAGCAAAAAGUGGCGCAACAGCCCGGCCAGGCGGCCAGCACGCCAUCGCCGCGGGUCAACAAGACGGCAUCGCCCGAAGUCAAGCGGGCGCCAGAGCCCGCAGCGCGGCCAGUGUUCCUGUGCCGAGAAGCGGACUGCGACCUGCCCUCUGUCGGUUUCCCAACAGAGCAGGCGUUGAAACAGCAUGUCGAGGAAGACCACGUCAAGCCAAGGGAAGAUCCGCUCAAGUUUUUGCAAGAGAACCUGGCACGGUGUCUGGGACUGGAGACGGACGGGACCGUGAAGAAGCCGGCGGGGGAAGCGGCACAAGCGAUGGCACAGUCGGGCUCGAAACAGGGACAAGACGGCGCCAUGAAGCGAUCUGGCAGUGCGCUGAGCCGAGUUCAGUCUGCUAGCGGUCGGGGCGAGAACGGAACGCCCAAGACGACGGCAGGGGAAACAGCAACGCCGGGAACGUCGGAUCCGUGGGCGACAACUACGGUUGACACACAGGCGCUGCUGAGCAACCUGGGGUUCGAAAACGGCCUACCUACUAUAAUGAAUGAGUAUCGGCUCUACCGGUCACAGACACCCAACAACGAUACGCCCGAGUCGAGCAAGGACAGCGGAUCUAGUGAGCCGAACAGUGACAUUUCGGAGGGGGCUGCGCUGGAGAUUGACAUGAAUUGGCAAAACAUUGACACGGAUCUCCUCCUUGAUCUGAACAACGCGAGCCUGCGAGCCCCGGGAACGACGCUAGACCCAUCUCUUCUUUUGGAUCCUCUAGCGGGACCAGCUCCGGACUGGGAUGACGUGGUUACCGACUUCAACAAGCCGUUCCAAUUUGACACGAGCAAGUAUUUCUUCAAUACAUCGUCGUGA